ACUAGUGUUUAGAAGUGGGUUUUCAAUAGAGGGUGAAGAGUUAAGAGAUAAAGAAUUAUCUCUAGUAAUGGUUGAGGGUGAUAUAAGUAAAGUAGAAACUAAAAUAAGAUUAGAUAGGUUGCUUGUAGUGUGUGUGGAGUGA